GAGUCCAAGUGUUCAUAAUAAGCAAUUAGUUGAAGUCACUACAAAACAAAACUUUGUUAAAAUUCCAUCAAAAUCUAUAUCAACUACUACUACUAAAACCACCAAUAAGAAUUCAACAACAACAAUAGUUGUCGAUUCAAUUAAAAAUUCGGUUAUCAAAGAUAUUAAACAAGAUGAACAAGAAAUAGUCGAAGUUCCAAUCUCGGAACCAUUUAACUCAUUUUUAAAUCUUAACACUCACGACACCAUCACACCUUUAAAUAUCAACAUGUACACUUGUCCAAAUUGUCAUACUCCAAAUUCAGUCAAUGUUGUUAAAAAUGAUGAUAAUAAUUCAGCAAUUUAUGUAUUUUUUGCCUAUUUUAUUGCAAUUCUGCUUAAUUCUGCUAUAGAAUCUUAUCAAGAAUAG